CCAGUUACUGCUUCUGACUAGAUCAGGCAAACAGUGAAGAACUUCAGUUACUGCGAAAGAUGAGAGGUUUGCUGUUACUGUUUAGCGCUCUGUUACUGCUGGAGUCAACAGUGGGAGACAAAGAAUAUCAUCAGCUAAGCCAAUAUGAGACAUAUAUUAUUGACAGAGCAAUAGAAGAAGCCAAUGAGAGAUAUGGAAGAACCAAACAUCUUGAUUUUGCCUCCAUUAAAAGUGCAAAUUAUGACAAGCGCAUGCUUAAUGUGUUAUUAAAACCCACCUCAUGUAAGAAGACAAAAGUAUUUGUCCAUCGGAAAGACUGUAAAAUCCAAGAUGAGGCUAGACCUAGAGUUUCUUGUGUUGCUUGUCGUGGAAAAAUGUCCUGUUUGCCUCUCAGAGAAAAAACAAAGAUUGAACAAACAAUAUUCGAAUGUUUGCGUCAUCGUCAUUAUAUUGGGGAAAACCAUCCGGUGUCACUCUUAGCAGGAAAUGAGCAAGAAACAGAAAAUUACCAACAACCUGAAUGUCUGGAAUGUGCCUGAGAAAUAAAAAUGCAACUGGCCGUAUGAAUUAAAAAACAAAACUACUAAUGAAAUGUACUCUGUAAACUUGGCCUCUCAAUUAUGAAGAUGUGUAUUAAUGUGUAUUUUUGCUCAACUAGCAGUUUUCUCAAUAUGUUUCAAUGUAAUGAUGUAAUUUUGAGAGAAAUAUGGAAAAUAAAGUAGCCUUAAUUGGUAUGUCCUAGUGUCGAAUAACAUACAAGUCAUUCAUAAUUGUUUAAAAAAUGUCUAAAUAUUCUUCAUAGAAAACAUUGUAAAAUUGCCCCCAUGAAUAAAAUCUUGAUCUUUAGACAAUUUAUUGGCACUGAAUUUGAGAGGUCCAAGAUAAUCUUGAAGAGUUAUUUUGAUUGUUUUCAUUAGUGUUUUAAAUUUAUGUAGAUCAAUAGUUACAAAUUAUAUUAAGGGACCUGAAGGUCAAAUGCUAACUGUUGGCUUUGUUAAGCAAUUUAAUUAAUCAUAACUAACAUUCUUUUUUCUUUCAGGAUUAACAUUUAUAUGCUUUUGAAAACUAAAUGUCCCCAACACUUGGGCCAAAAUGUGUCUAAAUAUAACAAAAGGGGAAACUAAACUAGACAGCUGUCUAAAUAUAUAACCUCAUGACUUUAGUAACAAGCUGAAAUAAUCAAGAAAUCCAGAUUUGCUUUUACCUAGUAAUAGAUAAUUAUACAUAUGAAGAACCAAUCAUAUUGAAGAAAAAUUAUGUAAUGAAUCAUGUCACCUUUUUCAUGCUUCUAUUCAAUAAAAACUGUUGUACACUUUU